AUGGGUUCAUCAUCACAACCAUCCUUCUGUCUCCUCACCCAGGGCCCUCCCGAGAUCCUGCAUGAGAUUCUCUUCUACUGCCAGCAAAAUGAUCUCGUCUGUCUUUCUCUGACAUCGCAUCUUUUUCGAGACCUCACACGACCGUUAAUUCCCGCAAAACCUUCUCUGGUUUCCUGCGACGAAUCCCUCACCGAGGAGCCACGCUUAGCUGCAUGCGGCCAACCCAUUGGUGACGUUGCUUAUCACCCCUACAUGCACCGUCGGCGCCGCCAUCAUUGCUUCCUGCACAGCCGAGAGACUUGCGCCGAACCGUGGUACUGCCCACGGUAUCCUCCUGGCCACAGAAUUUGUCAUAGAAAAUGGUGCUCACACUGCGAGUGCAUCACAUGCCCCCUGUACAAAAGACUUCGAGAUUGGGCCGGGGAUCUGAAAUACUGCACCAUCUGCAGCAGGUUCACUAAAAGAGAGACAACCAAGAAAUACAAAGGAAGAUGCCUCCACGGUCGUCCCAAAACCCGCAAAGCUCCCAAUAAUCACUGGACGGCCAAAAAGGGCCAGUCAUAUGGCUACCGCUGGUGGAGGCGAUGGGGAACUUCCGGCGUGGACUCUUGGGCUUACAAUGAGAAGCCAAGGACUCCCGGUCAAAUGAUCAACGCCAGAGUGGUUUAG